AUGUUUCGUUGGUCACUGAGAUAUUCAAGGGUCAUAGAGUCAGAGAAUGUUCGAAUCCUUCCUGACUGUCGCCUUGUCACCACUACCAGCUCAACAUAUGAAGUCAGGAGAAAUACUACUUCAUCUAUGCGUGAUCCAGUUAAUGAUGGCACAAAAUAUGUUAGAUUUGCUACGAUAUUGAUCACAGCCAUUAUUGGACUUCGACUUGUCAAUUCUAUAUUUGAUGGACAAAGCUACAGAAGUUUUGGUGAUACUUUCAAAUCGCAUGCUUUUUCGUGGCCUCAACAUUACAAUAUAUUUUUGCCCCAAGACAGAUUGGAUGUCAACGAUGAAGAUGACGAAAUUUGAACGGGUGACAUUUAACGUUGAGGUAAAUUACAGUCACGAAAUUUUUAUUUGUCUGAAGCAAAAAUAGUUUUCUGUGUAGGACGAGAGUAGAUGUACGGCAAAGCAUUGGAACCAUGGAAUUUUAUUUGCACUUAUUUCAUUUCGUAACCAUGUCCUUAAGUGAUGAUGUAAUUGUAUUGUAAUUGUGGCCUUGUUUUGAUUUUUAGUGUGAAAUUUCACAGUAUUAACUAUCCGGUUUGUAGUUUGAAAGUCUCCCCUGACUUUCUCUUGAGUAUACUGAUGUUUUUGGGAAAGACGUCUUCUACUUUUCCAUUCUUCCUAUCACGUAUCCAACAUGCCUACUCGUUGAAUUGUCCAGAUGGAAUUUUAUAAAGCAUUCUCUGUUUCUCAGUCAUUCCAUUCUAAUCUUCAUUUUGCCAAUUAUGUCUAAUUCUAAAUUAGAAGUUCUGGCGCAUAGUUUGUAGAAUUAUUGUAAUGCCAACCAUAUACAUCUCAAACUCAUCGAACUUAUAACUGGCCGAUCAGACUUUUGAACCGGGUUCAAAGAUUGUCCAUUUUAUAAGACUGGUUUAAAUUAAUUAUUGUUGUAUGGAAAGAAAUUUUAUCUCGAAAGUUUGAUGUCCACCUUUUUUUUUCAUCUCUUUAUUCAUCUGAUUGCAGUAUUUACUGUAAAAUGAUUAGAAUAUUUUGAUGUUGCAACCUCCAAUUUCCUUUCGAAACAGUACUUUUUUCCUAGUCUAAACACUGCGAUAAGCAACCAAAAUAGUUAAUGUCAAAAUGAAACAUUUGUUUUGUUUCUGUUUUUGCCUACUGUAUAUUUAUUUUUGUAAACCGAUUAACAUGCUCCUUUUUUUGUUUAAUUAAGUUCUCAUUUAUAAUAGUCGAGAAAGAAGUAGAUUUGAUUUAUUCGUC